AUGCCCAAGAAUAAAGGGAAAGGAGGCAGAAAUAGACGCAAGGGUAAGAAGAAGAACGAAUAUGAAAAAGGAGACCUGGUCUUUAAAGAAGAUGGGCAAGAAUAUGCUCAGGUAACCAAGAUGUUGGGAAAUGCACGAUUGGAAGCAAUGUGUUUUGAUGGAGUGACACGGAUAUGUCGUAUCCGAGGAAGCUUGAGGAAACAGGUUUGGAUAAAUACCUCAGAUAUUAUACUGAUUGGUCUCCGAGACUACCAGGAUAACAAAGCAGAUGUCAUUUUAAAGUACAGUGCAGAUGAAGCCAGAAGUCUGAAGGAUUAUGGAGAGCUUCCAGAAUACGUCGAACUUAGUGAAACAGACGGCUUUGAUCCUGAAGAUGAUGAUGAAAUCCAGUUUAAGGAUCGUGCAGAUGAGGAUGAAGACACUGAGGUGUAA